AAUUUAGAGCGAACAGCAUAGCUAAAAAAAGGCGGCUUGUGACUCUGAAAGGAAAUCCAACAAUUUGACACAUAUUAGAAGGUGGGAGAAUAAAAGCCUUAAAUUCCAAUUAUAGCUCAUUCACAAGCCACCAACCUGCUUUCCCAUGGAACAACCUCGGGGAGACAUUGAACCAGAGUUCAAUCUAAGGGAAUGGGCUCGCAAGGCUCGAAUCAGUAGGGAAAAUACCACUUCAAGAAGGUUCUCAGCAUCAAACAUCAGAAGAGAAGACACAAGGUCUUUUAGAUCAAACAUCACCAUCUCUAGCACUGCUUCUUCUCCUGGAUACACCUUAAGAGAUGAGAUCGACCCUGCAACAUACUCAUUCACCAGUGCUCUCAAAGCGUUGCAGGCAAGGUCGGGCUACGGUUGGGAGUGCUCAUCACCAGAUGGGUUUGCUUUAAAUUCCAAGUGGAAUGAAGCAGAGAAAUAUAUCUGCAACCCACUCUCAGGGGAGGUUCCAAUGGAGUGUCUGUCUGCAAAAACACUCAGUGGGCGAUCCUUUCGGAACUUCACAAACAGAAUUACAAUGUCUGCGCCUCUUAUUUACCCUUCCCAGCCGCGACAACCCCAAACAAAUCAUUUUGCAGCUGCUCCUACAACACAGGAAAACUUUGUCCAAUUUCCUAUUCAAGAGAAGAAAAUGGAGGGCAUGACCAGAGAUGUGGGAACCCAAAGCACACCACCUGAUCGUAGUUCAAGUAGUCCUAGCCCCACUUCCACCCCUUCCAUCAUAGAAAGAUCAUUACAGCGAUGUCGAGCAGAAGGCGGAGAAUCACCCAACUCUAAUGCCAAAUUGAAAUCUGAGGAAGAGCCCUAGAAACAAGGUGUUUAGUAUGAAGAUUUUCUGCCAAACCGUUGGCUUGGCUUGACAAAAACUUGUCAAGUUGGUAACAUGGUGUGUCUGCGGAUGGGACAAACCAGAUUUCAUGGUCCUGAUAGGUGUCCAGUAGAGGGUAGUGGCCUUACAAGGUGGGGGACUGAUAUAAUUGCACCCUAUAGCUUUCAUGGGCAUAUGCAGGCUAGGUAUAUAUGCUCCACAGAAGCCAUAAAGUGAAUUAGCCAAAACAGCCUGAUCUCCAGCACAAAGUCACAUAAUCUUGUGCCUGUUUGGGCUUCUGAGAAAGGUUUUUUUUUUCUGGCAAUAAAGCAUUUUCCCAGAUGAAAAAACAGUGUCCAAACAAUGUUAUCAACUUUUCCCUAACCUUUUCUUGAAUCAUUUAUGAACUCUUUUUAUGCUUUCCCUUUUCUUCUGUUUGUUCUUUUGUGGAGUCACUGAAGAUGCCUCAGUGGCAAUGCAGUAGAAAAGAUUCUUCACUCUUCUUUCUUUUUCUUUCUCUUAUGCUUUUGGGUUAUGGGAGGGUUCCCAAUGAUUAUGCUUUAUGACUGGUUUCCUCUUCUUUUUGGGAAAAUGGCCAUGUGUUUCAGGGCUGUUAAUUAAAUGUUAUCCUGCAAUCUAUUAUUGCAGGGGCUAAUUUUGCUGCUUUCAUGCAUAAUCCAAUUUCCAAUUUUUGUGCCUUGAAUGGUACUAGUCAAAAUAAAAUUACCUCUCUUGCAAUAAGCCAAUUAAGAAGAAUCUAUUUUCAUAUGGUGGACCGCCGUAUAUGCUUCUCCAAAAACUGAAACAUUUAUGUCCUGCAUGUACACAAAUGGAUUACGGUGUUGAGUUUUACUCUGCCUUCAAAUUGUGCUCCUUGACAGUCUCUGGUACUAUGAACUGGCUGGUCCCCUUUCUCCUCUCUCUUUUGUACAAGAUAAACCUAACUUCUUGUUUCAAAAUUCACUCCUGCACUUGAACCAAACCCUCAAUCUGGAUUUCUGCUACACAAUUUAUAGGCUUUGCACACUGCCCCUCAUUGACCAGCAAUUACCCAACAUGAAGGAACCAGUCCCAAGGUGUUUACUCCAUUAAAGCUAUCCUCUUUUCCAGUAUUUUACCACAUGACUCUGAUGCAAAUGUAAUCACAAAUUGCUUCUUUUUG